UGCAGCCCCCAGGGCGCUGGAGCCGGUCCGCUCGCGGGGCUGCGGGUUCCCCGGGGAGCCGCGGGCUCUCUUCGCCCUCCCCUCGGCGCGAGGACCCCUGCCUGCUCCCCGGUGGCCCAUCGAGUGCGAAGUCAUCAAGGAGGCCAUCGAGCACAUCGGUGAGGCAGCGCUCCGGCCUCUCCAGCCCUCAUCCCCGUGUCCAACCCCUGCGGUGACGGCGGGGCACAUCUGUCCCCCCCCCCAGAGUGGGUUCCCCCUGAACCCGAGCCCUUCUGCCAGCCCUCGAGCCACGAGCAGGCGCCGGCGGGCAGCAGUGAGGAGCAGGGCACUGUCGUCUACCACCUCAGCCCAGGUAGCGCCCAUGGGUGCCGCCCGCACCCUCCCCGUCCCCACGCCGUCCCCUCAGGUGCUGAACCCCGCUGUCCCCCAGUGCCCCCAGGUUCCUGCUUCACCCGUGCUCGAGCCGGGGGGGCCCCAGGUCCCCUCUCUUCACUGGCGGCCACCCUGGAGGGCCCCCAGGACACCACGCUGCUGUUCGAGUCGCGCUUUGAGAGCGGCAACCUCCAGAAAGCCGUCAAGGCGUAAGAGCAGGGAUGGGGCGGGGGCAGCCGGAGGGACGCGGCGGCAGGGCCGGGUGCCGGAGUGUGGCCCUUCCCCCCGGCAGGGGCCCCUACGAGUACGUGCUGACGCUGCGGCCGGACUUGUACACCGCCAAGCACACCCAGUGGUUUUAUUUCCGCGUGCAAAACACCCGGAGAGACGCUGUCUACCGCUUCACCAUCGCCAACCUGGCGAAGCCCAAGAGCCUCUAUGGCGAGGGCAUGCGGCCGCUGCUCUACUCGCAGCAGGACGCCCGGAGCCGUGGCAUCGGCUGGCGCCGCGUCGGGGCCGAAGUCCGCUACUACCGGGGGGGCGGCGGGGAGGAGCCGGCCACCUUCUGCCUCUCCUGGAGCAUGCGCUUCCCCCACGACGGUGACACCUGCUACUUGGCCCACUCCUACCCCUACACCUACUCGGACCUGCAGCGGUACCUGCGGGCGGUGGUGGGCGACCCGGUGCGCUCGCGGUACUGCGCGGUGCGGGCGCUGUGCCGCAGCUUGGCCGGCAACACCGUCUACCUGCUGACCAUCACCGGCCCGGCCGGCGGCGCGGGCAAGCGGGCGGUGGUGCUGAGCGCCCGCGCGCACCCCGGCGAGAGCGGCGGCUCCUGGGCCAUGCGGGGCUUCCUCGACUUCGUCCUCAGCGCCGCCCCCGACGCCCGGCUCCUGCGCCGGCUCUUUGUCUUCAAGGUGGUGCCCAUGCUCAACCCCGACGGGGUGGUGGUGGGCAACUCCCGCUGCUCCCUGGCUGGCCGUGACCCCAACAGAGCCUACGGGACGGGGUGCCGGGGCUCCUUCCCCGCCGUCUGGCACCUGCGGGCCAUGGUGGAGAGGCUGCUGGCGGAGCGGGAGGUGGUGCUGUACUGCGACUUCCACGGGCACAGCCGCAAGAACAACGUCUUCAUGUACGGCUGCGACGGCGGCCGGGCCGGUGCAGCGCCGCGGCUGCGGGAGCGCAUCUUCCCCCUGAUGCUGAGCAAGAACGCGCCUGACAAGUUCUCCUUCCCCAGCUGCAAGUUCAAGGUGCAGAAGAGCAAAGAGGGGACGGGCAGGGUCGUCAUGUGGCGGAUGGGCGUCACCAACAGCUACACCAUGGAGGCGGCCUUCGGCGGCUCCACGCUGGGCGGGAGAAACUCACACUUCACCGUGGAGGACCUCAAAUCGCUGGGCUACCACCUCUGCGACACCCUGCUUGACUUCUGCGACCCCGACCCUGCCAAGUUCCAGCGGUGCCUGGCAGAGGUGGACGCGCUGCUGCGGCAGCGGCUGGGCUCCGGCGAGAGCUGGAGCGAUGUCCCCACCUCAGACCUCGAGUCCAGCACCAGCGGCUCUGACAGCUCUGUGUCUGAGGGACCCCUGGCACGGCCCGGGAGCCCCCAGGGACGGGAGGGACGAGGCACCCGGGAGGACGUUCUGGUGCCGCUGCGCCAUCCAGGGCGGCUGGAGCCGAGGAGGAGGAAGCGGCUGCGGAGCCGCAGAGCGAGGAACGCCCUGCGGCGGCCAAACGCCGUCCACCAGGGCCACGCCGGUGUCCCAGUGAGCGUGGUUCACGCCCCACCGCCCCGUGUCUGCAUCCUCACACUGCUCCCAGCUCGGGUGGCAGCGCCUGGGGCUGCAUUGAGCCCCUCCUUUGCGCUCCCCCAGGUGCCACCAUGGUCCCUCAGGCCCCGGGGACAACCACAGGUCCCCAACACCACCGGGGGAGGCCGCGGGGUGCCGGAGGAGCCCGAGCAGCCGCGUGGAGCCAUCCCCCGUCAGCCCGACCCCACCGCAGCGGGAAGGGGCUCCCACGGCCGUGCCGCUGCAGGGGACGCCCGGCUGCAGGGGGGCACGAGGGCUACGGGGCCCCGCCGCACGCUGCAGCCUGCCUGUGCCGCCGCCGCCACCACCGGUUCCUCGCGGGGCACGGACGUGGCGCUGCCCACACCGGGGGCCGCCGCCGGUGGUCGUGGGGGGCGGCCGGGCCCCGCCAGCCCCCGCUGCUACGCCUGCGCCCGGCGUUAACGGGGCCGCGUCCCCCGCUGCCUGCCGGGCUCCCCCUUCCCCUGCGGGCCCCCGGGGGCCGCCGCCACCGCCCGGUGGCACCUCAGGGCCCGUCGCCGUGGCAACGCCUCAGGCCUCGAAGGCCCCGCCGGU